UUUUCCAAGACUCUUAGCUUCAAAGAUGUCUUUAUUUUUCUGUUUUUUGAGCUCCUUCUCAAUCUUCUCCUGUUCCCGCUGUUCUUUUUCUGCCUUCCUUCUCUCUGAUCGGUUGGAUUCCUUUUCCUUGGUGUGUUCUGGCUGUCCACUGGCCUUCUUCUCGCUUUUCUGUUGCUUACGUGCGGCAUCAGCCAUCUGCUUGUUUGCCUUAUCUGCUGCAUGUUUCUCCUCCCUUAUUCUCCUUUUCUCUUCUUUCUUUUUCUCAUAUUCCAAUUUCUCUGCCUCUCUCUUUUCGCGCUUCAGUUGUCUGGCUUGCUCCCUCUGUGCCGAGUCUGUAUUCUUGACAUCCAACUGUGCGAAACCUCGCAUCUCAUUUUCUAGAGCGUUAUCCCCCCUAUUCUUUCCAUGCUUUCUCUUUUCAGGUGAUGUUCUCUCAUCCUUAGGUAGCUUGGGUUGAUUCAAUGGUCCUUUUCGGUCUUUCUCUGCCUUCUUCUCACGUUCUUUCCUUGCCGCAUCCGCGUCUCGCUUUUGCGCCUUUGCAGCAUCGCUUUUCUCCUUUUCUAGUUGCUUCUCACCCUCCUUACGCUUAUCCUGCUCGCGGCGUGCAGCAUCAUUCUUUUCCUUUUCCUGUUUCUUCUCAUUCUCUUUUUGCUUCUCGCGCUCGCGGCGAACUGUAUCAGCUUGGUGCUUCUCAGCCUUCACCUGAUCUCUCCUCUCUUUAUCAGCAUUCUUCUCCAGCUCCUUUUGUUGCACCCUCUGUUUCUCCUGUUCACGUCGAGCUUGAUCUGCUUGUUGCUUCUCAGCCUUCUCUCUAUCUCUUUUUUCCUUUUCAACCUUCCUCUCCCGCUCCUUCUGCUUCUCCUGUUCACGUCGAGCUUGAUCUGCAUGUAGUUUCUCAGCCUUCUCCCUGUCUUUUUUCUCCUUCUCAGCCUUCUUCUCUCUCUCCCUUUGUUGUGCCCUCUGCUUGUCCUGUUCUUGUCGAGCUCGAUCAGCCUGCUGUUUCUGUACCCUCUCUCUGUCCCUCUUUUCCUUUUCGAGCUGCUGAUCUCGCUGCCUUUGCUGCUCCUUCAGUCGUUGCUGACGCUUAUCCUCCUCCCGUUUCUUCUCCUCCCUUUCCUUCCUUUCUUUUUCCUGUUUGUGGUUGUCCUGUGAGGGGUUCUUAGGAGUAUGUUUAACGGACCUGCCGUUAAGAGCAACGGUAUUUCUGCGUUUCGCC